CAAGCUGAAAUGGGGAGGAGUCCGACACGGUUGGUUCAGCUCAGGACGGACUGAAGGACAAACAAGCAGAAAGGAAUAUUUGCCGAAACAUUGUGGGGGCAGAAAAACUUCCAAAGUACCUGAAAAAAUGUCGUUGUCUCCAGCGGCCUUCGCAGCUCGUCGGCUGCUCGCUGCUGCGUCACACUCAAGCCAUGAGGGAGGAGCAAGAACCUGGAAGAUCCUGACAAUCGUCAUGGCCAUCCCCGGCGUCGGGAUCUGCAUGGCCAACGCCUACAUGAAGGCACAGGCCCACUCCCAUGAUCAUCCAGAAUUUGUGCCGUAUUCACACCUGCGUAUCCGCACCAAGAGAUUCCCCUGGGGCGACGGGAACCACACUUUGUUCCACAACUCUCACACCAACGCUCUGCCUGACGGCUUCGAGAGCUCGGAUCACUGAGAUGAGAAUUAUUUAUCUCGGCUGCCAGCUUUAAGCUGCACCUGCAUUAAAUGUACCGACCAAAAUAAAACUGGCACCGCCAUCAGCAAAAGUAACAGUAAUAAAAUGACUUCAUGCUGGAUUAAAAUGACAGCUGCUUGUUUUGCUUUUUUCUUUAUCUAUUAAUGAAGAAACAUAUUUUCACAUCUUUGUCUUAAUCAACGAGUGU